UAUAGACAGAGGCAGGGCUGGAAGUGACGACAUUCCGGGGCGGGCUGAGCGGUGUGUUGUGUGCGGGUGUGGGAAGUGAUCGGGGAAUCCCAUUGAAGAGCGGAGGGCGCCCGGUACCCGGGGGAAGAGGCAGCGCCAUGUCCAUGGAGGAUCCGUUCUUCGUGGUGAAGGGGGAGGUCCAGAAGGCAGUGAACACAGCACAGGGUCUGUUCCAGCGAUGGACAGAUCUUCUUCAGGAUCCUUCGAUUGCCACCAGAGAGGAGCUGGACUGGACUACUAAUGAACUACGUAACAACCUGAGGAGUGUUGAGUGGGACCUUGAGGACCUCGAUGAGACGAUUAGUAUUGUUGAAUCCAAUCCCCGCAAGUUCAGUCUGGAUCCAGCAGAGAUGAGGCAGAGAAAAGCUUUUAUCAGCGAAACCCGGCAGUGUGUCAAGGAAAUGAAGGAUCAAAUGACUAGUCCAUCUGUUCAGGCCUUAGCUGAAAAGAAAAACCGGCAGGCACUUUUAGGAGAAGGGACACGACAGGGCUGGAACAGUGAACCAGACAAGUAUAAAGGGCUGGACCAGGACAUCCAAUCAGCAAAUUCACAAUUUUUAGAUGGACAGGUUUCACAGCAACAGAUGAUCAUGGAACAGCAGGACGAGGAAUUGGAGCUGGUGUCUGGGAGUAUUGGAGUGCUGAAGAAUAUGUCACAUCGCAUUGGCAAUGAGCUGGAUGAACAAGCUGUGAUGCUGGAUGACUUUUCACAUGAACUGGACACAACACAGUCUCGUAUGGACAAUGUCUUGAAGAAACUGGCAAAGGUGUCUCACAUGACAAGUGAUCGGCGGCAGUGGUGCGCCAUCAUUGUGCUUUUUGCUCUGCUGCUCGUGGUUUUGAUUCUGUUCUUCGCUCUGUGACCUGCAAGAAAGUUCCUCCCAUUGGAAUUCCCACAAUGCAUUUUACAGUAUCACAAUGAACUAAGGUGUAUGAAUGUGUGAUUGGCAUGACAAAUGAGCAUUCGUGAUUUUUGAAACCAAGUGACUGCAAGCCACCGCAUCCUCUUCAGGAAGCACAGGACUCCAAGGCGUCCCCUGAUUAUUUUUUAUUGGGCACUUGCUACAACGUGCAGAGUGCCCGACAUUUUCCUGCUUUUA